CUUCAAAAAAUAAUUGAUUGUGAGAAUAUUAAUAAUUACCAAUCUUCAGGUGGGUCAUUAGCUGAUGAUGUAGAUGUUUCGGUUGACUAUGGUAUGGACUUAUUAGAUGGUGAGGUUCCAGUAGAUAACGAAGAAUUUGAUGUUACUGAAAUAACUGUUUCGAAAGUCACAUUACAAGCACUUUUUGUGGUUGCUCUGGAUGAUCCAAAAAAGUGA